AUGUUUGGGCGUGUUCCAAGGAGGAGUGACAACACUAAGUAUUAUGAGGUUCUUGGUGUGUCAAAAAGUGCAAGUCAAGAUGAACUGAAGAAGGCUUAUAGGAAAGCUGCCAUAAAGAAUCAUCCUGAUAAAGGUGGAGAUCCUGAAAAGUUUAAGGAGCUGUCUCAAGCUUAUGAAGUCCUUAGUGAUCCGGAUAAAAGAGAACUUUAUGACCAAUAUGGUGAAGAUGCACUUAAGGAGGGAAUGGGAGGAGGUGGCGGUGGCGGUCAUAAUCCAUUUGAUAUAUUUGAAUCAUUUUUUGGCGGAGGUGGUUUUGGUGGUGGUGGCAGCUCAAGAGGAAGAAGGCAGAAGCAAGGGGAAGACGUAGUGCACCCUCUGUGGGUUUCCUUAGAGGACUUGUACAAUGGAACAUCCAAGAAACUCUCUCUUUCUAGAAAUGUUUUGUGUGCCAAAUGUAGAGGGAAAGGUUCAAAAAGUGGAGCCUCUGGGACCUGUCGUGGCUGCCAAGGUUCUGGAAUGAAAGUUUCAAUCCGACAUAUUAGAUUGGGCAUGAUUCAACAAAUGCAACAUGUAUGUCCAGAAUGCAGAGGCUCAGGUGAGCUCAUUAGUGAGAAGGAUAAAUGUCCCCAAUGCAGAGGGAAUAAGGUAACACAGGAAAAGAAGGUGCUGGAGGUGCAUGUUGAGAGGGGGAUGCAACAUGGCCAGAAAAUAGUUUUUGAAGGUCAAGCUGAUGAAGCUCCUGACACAAUUACAGGGGAUAUAGUUUUUGUAUUGCAACUGAAAGAGCACCCGAAGUUCGAACGGAAAUCGGAUGAUCUUUAUGUGGAACACACACUCAGUUUAACAGAGGCUCUUUGUGGUUAUCAGUUUGCUCUUACUCAUCUUGAUGGUCGGCAGCUUCUUAUCAAAUCAAAUCCUGGCGAGAUCAUAAAGCCAGGUCAAUACAAAGCAAUUAAUGAUGAAGGAAUGCCACAUCAUCACAGGCCCUUCAUGAAGGGCAAGCUCUAUAUCCAUUUUGAUGUGGAGUUCCCUGACUCUGGGAGUCUAUCCCCUGAGCAGUGCCGUACUUUACAGACUGCAUUACCCCCAAGGCAAAGCAAAAUCUUGUCAGAGAUGGAGAUGGAUAACUGUGAAGAGACAAUUAUGCAUGAUGUCAAUAUGAAGGAGGAGACAAGGCGGAAACAGCAGCAGCGCCAGCAGCAGGAGGCAUAUGAUGAGGAUGAUGAUGAACCAUCUAUGCCUCGAGUGCAGUGUGCCCAGCAGUAA